GCCAUGUUUUCAAGCAGACUCAGGUCCCUCUUGAGAGCGUCGAGUGUGUGUAUUUAGGCUAAUGCCUUUGAUUCAGUAACAGUUCAUUGAGGGUGCUCUCUCUCCUGCAACAGGACGGGAAACAUUUUCGUAACUUCACGUCCAGAGUCGACUGCGUGUCUGUCUUCGCCAAAUACAACAGCACCAUAUUUCAACGGCUUUAUAUUCACGCAGUGCAUUCUCAACGCGUAUAGUCAUUUCUGUAAGUUAUAAAAAGUCUUGUCCUUUAGUCAUUCUGGAUUCACAACACGAACCCAAGUUGACCGCUUCUCCUAUAAAGGUGUUUCCGUCCAAUGAGCCUCCUGCGUUCUAGUGCCACCAUGAAGGAUCGUGACUCUCUCUCUCUCCUGCACUACUCUGGUUCAGGCAAGACGAGCCCUCAGUUCCCCUCCGCUGCCCUCCAUCCCAGCUCCCCCGUGUUGGGAAAACCCCAGACAUUCUGCCUGCAGUCCGGCCAGCAUCUCAUAGCCUCCAUGCAGCUCCAGAAACUCAACAGCCACUAUCAGAAUCUGUCCUCUGCAACCACAGCCGGACCCGGUAGAGGGUACGGAGCCACCAUGCUGGCCCCAGGACAGAUCCCCUCCCCCGGGGCUUCACAGGCACCUGGGAUCAUUGAUUCGGAUCCGGUCGAUGAGGAAGUUCUGAUGUCACUUGUGGUGGAGCUGGGUUUGGACCGUGCCAAUGAGCUUCCGGAGCUAUGGCUGGGUCAGAACGAGUUUGACUUCAUCGCGGAUGUGCCGGCUGGGUGCUGACCCUCUCAGGUGCUUCCAAAUAACCCCUCGGUCUUCAAAAUCAAAGUGUCCUAAUAAUGGCAAUUAGAUAUGCCUAUGAAGAGAAAAUGUAACCGUCAGAUAUGAACUGUCAAGGACUGUUAUUUACAGUUUUGGAGGGCAGACUAAUGUUAUGUGAGCUGUAGACUUCUGUUUGUGGAGGAGAAGUCAGAGGACUAAGCCACAGACUAAAAUGGCCAUCCUUUCCCCCUGCCUUAAAUCUCAUUCACACCCUUAUAAAAUCCACAUCAUGAUAUGUGGAAUGGAUUUGAAAAGUCACCUCACUGUGAGGUUAAUGGAAGAAGAGAUAUACAGCAAAUAUGGUUAGUAGACAAAAUCUUGCCUGCUGGCUGCCGGUUGCUCUGACUUUGAGCCCUAUUUGGACUAACGGCCGGAUGGUGCUACACGUGUGUAAUGGAAGGUGGUUGUGAAAUUGGUGCGCUCAGCCGAGCCCCUCCAUCAUUCAAGAAAUUCCCUCGAGGAGCCAUGUCAUCGCAAGCUUCGCUGGUCACAGAGGAACUCGACCUGGCCGAACGUUUUCCAUGGUUAAAUAUAUUAAUGAGACGUCUCUGUUUACCCCACGAUUCAGACUGCAUGGUCUGAUAGCCUUAUUUUUAUGUUAGUUUUUUUUUUUCUAGAGAUAAUUGGUUUAUAAACUUAAAAGUUAAUGUUAAGUUAAAAAAAAGUUAAAGAAAAGAGUGUUGCCUACUGUCUUUUUUUUUCCCCCUCUAAAUUUUAAUGUACUAAUUCAGUUCUGUUCUCUCUUUUUGUUUUGGGGUCUUGUAGGCUGUACGAAUAAAACAAGUUAAUUGUAA